GAGGUUGACCUUUUCGGGCAGGAAGGGUUGCUGGGGGCAGAGAAAAGGUGGGGAGAGGAGGCAGCGGCGCUCUUGGAGGUGGAGAGGGUCAAAGAUUGAAUUUCGGCCUGACAGCAUUCCCCAGGGGUGCACUGAGCGUGAGAGAGAGAGCGCAAGUGAAGACUGCGAGUGACCUACAAACAAGCUUAACUAUCUUAACAUCACCCGCGCAGCAGAUUAACACCACAGCAGCAGCCCCUGAAGGAGCCACGCCACCUCCCCUCCCAAACGUGACAUAUGAAGGUGGGACGACAUAGAGGAGGAGGAGGAGGAGGAGGGGUUGUCUGGAGGGUUGUCUGCACAUCAUGAUGAAGGAACUGAUACACAAACUGUCUCACAAGGAGUGAAGGGUCAGCCCAAAAGGCACCCUAAGUUGUGGAGGUACCGUAUGAGUCAUGGUCACUCUGUGGAGGGGUGGUUAGUUUGAAUCAGGAGCUGUGGCGGGCAGACGGAAAGUUGUUCGGCUGGAUUUACACAGAAAAGUGAGAGUGAAGGGACAAGACAAGUAAGACAAGAAAGAAGACUGAGAGAUGGAUAACCAAGACAAAGGAGGAGGUACAGGAGAAGGAGGAGGAGGGCAGUCAAAAGAAAAACAGAAAGCUGAGGAGGUUGGUGACGAAGAAAAGAGGACUAAAGAAAAGCAAAACAAAAUGGAGAAGGAGGGCAACGGAGAGGCCAAGAAACACAACCGUCGUGGUCACUGGAGGAACGGCUGGGCUGUGACCGAACGUCUUGCCAUCAACGUGUCGGGGAUGCGUUACGAGACCCAGCUCCGCACCCUCGCCCAGUUCCCAGACUCCCUGCUGGGAGACCCCCAGCGUCGCAUUCGUUACUUCGACCCAAUGCGGAAUGAGCUCUUCCUGGACAGGAGUCGUGCCUGCUUUGACGCCAUCUUGUACUUCUACCAGUCAGGCGGGAGGCUGCGUAGGCCCGCCAACGUCCCUCUGGACAUGUUCCUGGAGGAGCUACGCUUCUACGAGCUGGGAGAGGAGAUCAUCGACCGCUACAAGGCGGAUGAAGGCUUCCCAAAGGAGGAAGAGAGGCCCUUACCCACCAAUGACUUGCAACGUUACCUCUGGAUGCUGUUUGAGUAUCCAGAGUCUUCCAGCGGAGCUCGAAUCAUCGCCAUCAUCAGCGUCAUGGUCAUCGUGAUCUCCAUUCUCAUCUUCUGCCUGGAGACUCUGCCUGAGUUCAGGCUGGAGAAGGAGCUGAGGGAGCAAUUCACCACCAUACCUCACCCCACCAUCCCCAACGAAACCAUCUCGGUCUCACCUGGCUUCGCUACCUUCCAGGACCCCUUCUUCAUUGUGGAGACAGUCUGCAUAAUCUGGUUCUCCUUUGAGCUCAUUGUGCGCUUCACCUGCGCUCCGAGCAAAGUGCACUUCUUCAAAGACGUCAUGAACACCAUUGACUUCUUCGCCAUCAUUCCCUAUUUCGUCACCCUGGGCACAGAGCUGACCAAGGACAAAGACGCGCAGCCGUCCGUGUCCCUGGCACUCAUCAGGGUCAUCAGGCUGGUGAGGGUCUUCAGGAUCUUCAAGCUCUCUCGUCACUCCAAGGGUCUCCAGAUCCUGGGCCAGACACUGAAGGCCAGCCUCAGGGAACUCGCUCUGCUCAUUUUCUUCCUCUUCAUCGGAGUCAUACUCUUUUCAAGUGCCGUCUACUUUGCAGAGGUGGACAGUCCUGACACAGCGUUCACCAGCAUCCCUGAGGCAUUCUGGUGGGCUGUGGUAUCCAUGACGACAGUUGGCUAUGGGGACAUGUACCCGGAGACAGUCGGAGGGAAGCUGGUGGGCUCCAUGUGCGCUAUCGCCGGCGUGCUCACCAUCUCUUUGCCAGUGCCCGUCAUUGUGUCAAACUUCAGCUAUUUCUACCAUCGCGAGAUGGAGUGCGAGGACACAACGGUGUACAACCAUGUCUCCACAUCACUCUGGGACAGAGAGGACGAUGAAGAUGGGGAAGAUGAGGAAGGGGAGGAUGAGGGGCAUGAACACUUGGGAGAUUAUGCACCCUUGUAUGGGCAGGACAGCAGGGGUAUCUGUCCUCCGCUCAAUGGGACGAUCCUGGCAGGGCUUUGUGCCGGACAGGAAGCUGGUCAUCAGAGAGGGAUAAACUUCUACCUCAAAGAACCUCUGGUCACUCAGGUUUGAGAGAGUUCAAGGCGGACAUCAAGAAAAGGAGACUUCCAUGAUGGAAUGACACUGGUAGAGUGAUACAGGAGAAAAUUCAUUACAUGUACACAAAGACUUACACUGAUAUAAGCUAUAAUUUGUUACAUUUGAGGCUUUUGCAUGAUUAUCUUUGACUCAGCAUCUUUUUUCUUAGUUAAUAAACAAAGACCCUACAGGUCAUCUGACAAAACUUACUGCUGUGUUUUUUUAACUGACAUGUCCAGAGUCUUCAAAGAAUCCUUUAUCCAGCUCAAAAAAAAAAAUCCACGAGCUACCAGUGGUGCCCACAUUUUUAAAAAAUCAAAAUUGUGAAUAUAGAAAGUUAAGGAAUCACACACUUUGGUUUGUUAUUUCACAGUAAAUAUCACUAAUUAUCUGAUGCACAUGGACUAGUACCGGUGUAGUAAACUUUGAGUUCCACAAAAAUCGUGUUUUAAUGUAUUAUGCAAUAUAUUAGCACUCCAAGCAGGUUGGUUGUCCUUUCUCUUAAAGAGAAAAUAGACGGCUUUAAUGAAAUUCAGUCAGUCACUGUAAGGAAAAUGUAAUGGCAACAAGCCCUCACACGUUUAAUUAACAUUUAAUUUUCAUAGAUAUCUUGAGGUGAGAAUUCAGCGGACCCCUUGAAAAUGGCCAUCCCAGCUGUUCCCUUGCCAAAAUUUAGCCUAAAUUUGGAGCAUUAUUUAGCCCCCUUCCCAACAAGCUAUGCUGACAUGGUUGAUACCAGUGGAUGCCUCACAUUCCCUCCAGCUAGCUUUAAAAAUGAGCAGUAAUAUAAACUACAGCAACCACAAGUGGCAUUCUGUUCAUUCUUUUAGGAAAGGAAAAUGAGAUUACUAUAGAGAAAUUAACCUGGUAAUAAAAGUUUCAGGUAAUGAGUAAUUCAUGGGUCCAUUAUUAACCAAAAAAUUUCCUAGGAACUUCCCUGUAAAGAGCGAUGUAAACUGGCAUUUCACUGAAAAAAAAUAAUCUUGAUUUAAACCCAAGUAAAUAUUCACAAUUUUAACAUUUCUUCAUGUUCACUUUAACUGCUGUGCACUGACUGAAACACUAUUAGUACUGAUCUACUAUAUAGUCCUUGCAAAGAAACCUAGAGAAUUAAUGAGAAAGUAUCCAGAAAUUACAGUCCCGUAAAAUAAAGCAAGUUAGUGAAACUUCCAGUCAUCACAUUUGUUUGGCUAAAUAAAAGAGUCCCAGUUUGGAAAGCAAGUUCAAAACCUUGAUUGUGCUGCAGAUGGAAUACAUUUCAUCCCAGCUAAAUGGAUAAGUAUUUGAGGAAUCUGGAAAUGUCUUUAAAACAGACAAGUGUUGUUAAAUAAUCUGCGAGGUCCUUGUCUCUCAUGAAUGUAAUCACCACUGCAAAAAGUAAAAAUAAAGUUACAUCACCAAUAUUCAAUAUAAACUACAAACAGAUACAUUUGUGUAAUCCUUGUAAUGACAGUUUAAUAUUGUCACUGUUUUAUGACUAAAGUACUGCACGCAAAAAAUGAGUUCACUGCACAUUAUUCUGAUGGUGUUAAGUGAACUGUAGUGCCAGUAACUGCUGCUGUUCACACGCUGUGUAUUGGAGCUAAAUGUACAGUGAGUGUUGCAGGUGUUGAUGCCCUGUACUUGUCAGAGUUAUGGCAGAAAUGCAGCGCUGUGAUCUCGUGCUGAAGUUGACAACAAAGAGAUCGCUCAUCGGCUGGCAGCGGUGCAGACAGAGUUCAUGUAGUUGGUUCAAAGCCAGUUUGCAUGUUAUACACCGCAGUGUAAUAGAUACAGGCUGGAGAGGUGUGUGGAGGAAGCUGAUUUAGUUCAGAGAUGGUAUAGCUCAAAGUCUGCUGACAUUUCUUCUAGCCACAGUGACUGGAGCAACACUGUACUCUGAUGAAAUGAUGAUGGUGGUACUAAAACAGUCUUGCCCUCUAAUCAACAAGAACUUACACCAUGCAGCAGGGUAUAUGUUUUAUGACACAUUCAUCCUCUGUAUGUUUGAAAUGUGGCGGUGAAACGUUUGCGGUUUACUUUAGGUGAUUUACACUCUGUGGCUCAUUCAUCAGCUGUUUGGCUACCAGCUGACUAUUAACACCAAAUCACAUUCAUGUGGAUGUACAGCUCAGCCUUUAAAACACUUCUGACACCUCUCAUUUAUUUAAAUAUGCUUCUGCCAACUCCCACCAUCGCCCCCACCACUUUAUCUGUUAAGUUUAUAUAUUUCUGAUUACAUUAAGAAUUAAUGUUCAAGUAUGUUUUUAUUGGGAGGGGAUUAGUUCUUCCAUCAGAGUCCUUGUUGCUGCUCUGCUUUUUUCCCCUGAAAGAGCAGGGCCAAUUUAUUGCAAAAUCGAACCUUUUUUCGAUUUGUCAAAUAUUUGACAUGUAACAUGAAAUGUUACUUACAAUAAAUUCAAGCUGUGACAAGACUUCAUGGCAGAAUUUAUCAAAUUGUGCAUGUAUACCUCACAGAUCAGUUCUGUGAAGUAAUCCUCUCUCAUGCUCUCGGGCUGGCGCGAUAUCAGAUUUUCACAAGACGAUUAUCUUGGCUAAACAAGUUCAAAACAACGAUGUUAUCACAAUAUCUAUAGAUUUUAUUUUAUUUUUUAAUUAUGACAAUAAUAAUUCUGUCAUCUUUAAUUCCGUUUAGUAUACAUUUUGUCUCUUUUUUUGGCAAAUUAAUUACAUAGAUCAUCUUUUGUCAAAAGUAUGACUAUUUGGAAGAUACUAAGGAUAUGGAUAUGCAGUAGAGUACUUGGGAGUGAUUUAGGGAGAAUUUGUUAUAUAAUUUCUAAAUUUCAUUGUAAUUCUCAUGAGCUCAAGCUGGUGCAGCCAUUAAAAAACAUCUUUUAGCCUAAAGUGGGUGAAUGUUUAUUUGUUUGUAUAGAGUUUUACCUCAAAAGAAAAGAAAUACUUUUAUAAGUGGUUUAAACUGUGUGGAUGUAGUGUGACCUACAAAUUCUGAGGGCAGAUGUGGCUGUGUAUAUGUAUAUAGUAUUAUUUAAUAAAGAUCAUAUUUAGUCACUCAUGUCAUGGAUUUCUGAAUUCCUUCCACAUGACUCCCUGUGCAGUGACUUGGAGAGAAUGUGACGAUG